AUGAGUUUCACAAUCGUUCACUACUGUAUUCUGAUUUCAGUUACAUUUAUACAACCCAAGGACCACCAACUUUCAAACUGUGCUAAAUAUAAUGAGCGAUUCUUUGGUGGCAUUCUCCUUAUGGGACGCCGUAGCACUGGGAAACCUCGACCUUGUCAAAAUCUUCUUGGCAAACGACGUAGACAUCAAUGCCGUGAACGACAAGGGAGCCUCAAUUCUUCUAGUAGCCGCCGGAAGCGGUCAUCUUCCUCUAGUCGAAUAUUUGGUCAAAAAUGGCGCCGAUGUCAAUCUUGCCAGUUCUGAAAAACACACACCACUGAUUGGAGCUUCCCUGAAGGGACACUUGGAAAUCGUCCAGUUCCUCCUCGACCACAAAGCAGAUAUCAACAGUGCUACGGUGGAUGGUGUCAAUUCAGUACUCGGUUCUCUAGCUAGCGGAAGUCCACACGUUACGCAAUUUCUGAUUAAGAAAGGGGCGAAAAUCAACUGCGCCGAUUGUAACGGUUUAACUCCGCUGCAUCUAGCAGCCGCCAUUGGUUCUUUAAAAAUCACCAAAUUGCUUCUUGAGAAAAAGCACAGUGUUAAUGCCGCGACUAUGGAAGGAGAAACAGUUUUACACAUGGCAGCUUCGACUGGUGAAUUGGACAUCGUCAAGCACUUGCUAAAGAAAGGAGCUAACAUCAAUCAGAAGAGCAAAAAAGGAGCUACACCUCUCUUCAACGCCGUGGCCAAAGCACAGUUCGAAGUUAUCAAGUACUUGAUUAAAAAAGGUGCCGAUCUUAGUGUACGUGACGAAUUGGGCAACAGCGUCGUAAUGAUAGCCACUCUAUCCCAACAAAUUGACAUCAUCAGGUACAUUCUUUCCAAAAAGCUCGACAUCAACGCGCAGAACGACGACGGUGCGUCGGCACUUUGUAUAGCGUCAGGUUUCAACAACAUGCUUUUGGUGAAAUUUCUAGUGGAGAACGGUGCCGAUGUCAAUAAUGCGUCUUGCGACAAGUGGAAACCGAUUUAUACAGCUACAGAUGAAGGGAAUUUUGAGCUAGUCAAAUAUUUGGUCGACAACAAAGCCGAAGCUAAUGGUAAAUGUUUGGUCGUAGCGGCCAGUCGAGGAUUUUUGGAGUUGGUUAAGUACUUCGUUCGUCUAGGCUUGGAAGUUAAUUACUAUGGCAAAAAGAAACAAACUGCGUUGUAUGCCGCUGUUUUCAACGACCAUUUCGACGUUGUUACAUAUUUGACAUCAAGUGGAGCUGACGUUAACAUCGCUGCUGACGACGGAAAAACUCCUUUGUUUGUGAGUGCUUUAAAUGGAAACCUUGACAUUACGAAGCACUUGGUGGACCAUGGAGCUGAUGUCAAUGUGUGUACAGAAGCCGGUUCUACCUCCUUACACGCAGCAUCCGCUAAAGGCCAUUUUGAAAUUGUCAAGUACUUAACAGAGAACGGUGUCAAUGUCAAUAUAGCCUGUUCGCAGGGCACUACAGCUUUAUAUCAAGCUGUCUCUGGAGGAUACAUCAAUAUCGUCAAGCUCUUGGUUGACAAUAAUGCGGAUGUUAACAUCGUCGAUACAGAAGAUCAUUUCUCACCCUUAUUAGUGGCGUUAACAAAUGACCAUCUGGAUAUUGUCACGUGUUUGCUAGAACAUGGUGCUGACGUCAACAUUGUCAAUACACACAACAACAACGUUUUGCACUACGUCGCUGGCAAAGGACUUCUUGAUUUUGUGAAAUUGUUCGUUAGUAGAGGUGUUGACGUGAAUAAAGUAGAUGGGGAUGGUGACACGCCGUUGCUGUGUGCUGCUGAAAACGGUCACGUGGAUAUUUGUGAUUUUCUUAAGGAACAUGGGGCGGAUACCACGAUCGUCAACAAAAAAGGGGCGACUGUUGAUACGUUUAUGGCUUCGAAAGUGUCUCAGUUGUAUCUAAAUUAGAGUUAAUGUAGGUUACGAUUAUUUAUUUUUUUACUAGUUAAGGUACGUCCUGUAUUAAAAAAAAUCGAAAAACUGUAAAAUUUUUAAAUCGUCCAUACAUCAUAAUUCUAUGACAGACUGUGGGGAUUAUUUUAUGUCCGGGUUCAGCAAGAUCGAAGCAUCUUUCUGAUCCCGAAGGCCAAAUCGGAAACAAUUUAUCUUAUCAUUUUUUUUUUUUUAGUUUAAUUAAUGAGUUUUUAAUAUAAGAUACGAUGAAUUGUGAAAGACAUUUUUCUAAGUAUUGUCAAUCAAACAAGUUUAUCUAAGAUUAAUAAAUUUAGAUUACGCA